CUUUUUUUUCUUUUUCGCUUUUGAACAGGACCAUUCCUUUUGAAAGCAUGUCGACGCCGGCUGCAAUGCUGGCCAAGCGCAACUCUGUGCGCGGAAUGGCGACGCUGAAGGGAGCUGCCGCGAUUCCAGCGGACGACCAGCACAAGGAAGAUGUGGACGCAAAUGCUCGUCCGGGGCUCAUGCGCACGGGUUCCAUUACAAGCCUCAACAGCAUCAACAGCAUCACAAGCAUCUCGAGCACGGCGAGCGCGGUGACACCCAACAAGCCGAAAUCGUCCGACGCGCGCAGGAUUACCAUCAUUGCAGAACUCAUCGACACUGAGCGCAACUACCUCAACUAUCUCAACAUGAUUGUUAACGUGUUUAUGAACCCGCUUCGCGCAUCGAUGCGCACUUCCAAGCCACUCAUCGAUCCAGAGCAAUUCAAAAAGCUCUUUUCCAACUUGGAGGCCAUCAUUGAAUGCAACACGCCGCUGUUCGACGCUUUGAACAACCGAUGGAAGAACUGGAACUCGCGCCAGUGCAUUGGCGACACAUUCCUUGGAGUUCUCAAAUCCUUGAAGGCGUACACCGUCUAUGUCAACUUUUUCCAACUGUCCAAGAAAACGCUGGAGACUUGCGAAACUCAGUCCGCCUUCCGCGAGUUCCUUAAGCGCGUACCUCGCUACGUGCUUUUGCUCCAGGAGGUACUCAAGCACACCCCGCAAGACCAUCCCGAUCAUGUCCACCUCAACGAGGCGAUUGUCACCAUCCGCGAAAUCGUCAACGAAAUCAACGAGGCCAAGCGCAAGACCGAGCAGCAGAUGGAGCUUUUCGAGCUCAUCCAGAGCAUUGAAGAUUGCCCGCCGACCUUGCUCUCCGCCAACCGCCAAGUGCUCGCCAGGGUCAAUGUCAUGCGGCUCGCAACCGAGAACGAAGACUACGACGCCAACGCCGCGGGGUCGCUCGUCGAUACAAUCGGGGCGUGCUUGAUCGACAUGACCAUCGUCCUGUUCAAUGAUGCUGUGGAAGUUGUCAAGCGUCGCCGCGCUGGCUUCCGCCAAAAGACGCCGUACAGGCACGUCAACCACGCUGACAUUCGUGAUAUUCACAUUGUGGACGUUGCUGAUGCGCCAGACGUGUGCCACGUCUACCAAGCUACUUCCUCCGAAGAGAAGCAGCAGUUUAUGGCAAAACUCGCCAAGUGCCAAGAAGCCAACGGCGUGGAGGAGGAGGUUUCCUGCAUUACAAACCCCCUUGCGGAAGUGGCUGUUGGCGCUGGUCACAAGCUCAAGCGCUCCAACACCAUGAUGAAGACGCUUGGCAAGGUCACGGGCAAGAUUUUGAGCCGAUCCAGCUCCAUGCGCGAGGAGAAGCCGCAAAGUCUUUCUGCAGCCUCUGGCCGUGCAUCGGCUUCCGCUGCCACGGGCAGCAUCAGCAGUCCCCGUGUCAAGCCCGCUCGCCGGAGUGCCAUGGACGUGUUCCCGCCAGCUGCCACCACGGCUGCCGCGUCGACGCCCUCGUUGCUUGCACCGGUCGCAGAAGCUACCGCGCCUGCUACACCUACGACCAGUGUUGCCCCGUCAACUCCGAAGCGCAGCGAUUCGAGUGUUGGCACCACGACGCCGUCGCGCGCGGCUCCACUUUCCAACCCGCGUCUCUCGUCUGGCCUGGGCACUCUCAAGCUCAAGCCGACCACGCCGAGCUCCAGCACUACCAAGCCGCCCAAGGAGGUUAUGUCCACUCAACAUGCCGAGCGAGUUGAAGAGCCGCUGUCCAUCGAAGACGAUGUGUUCCUGCAGGUUCAAUCGCUGGAGAUGGCCAUCCGCCAGACUGCGCACAAGCGUGCCAUCCUGCACUCGGGCAACAACUCUUUGGGCACCUCGCCUGGCUCUCCUCGGGGACGCAUUGCUUCCUUCCCUGCUCCCGCCUUGUCGUCCAAUCUGGACGUGUCGAGCGUGCAGGACUUGCUCAACAACCUGCAGUCAAUCCGAUCGCCCAGCGGCGACGGCAAGGAUUCCGCAAUGCCUCGCCCGUCGCUUGGAGGCAACCGCCGACGAACCAGCUUUAUGCCCGCGCCAGCAGCAAAGGUCGAGCCUGCAAAGGACGAGGCUGCCCUCAUCCUGGACGAGGCUGACGACGACGUUCCCGAGUUGGAGGAGCUCAACUUUGACGACUCUGCCAUGGAUGCCCUUACGGCUGUGCAGCGUUCGCGUCGCAUCUCCUCGGGUGCUGUCAACCGCCAGUUGCAUGCCAUGCUUCUUGAGAGCAAGCAGGCCACCCCGGCAGACACACCCGUCAAGAGUGCGCAAACCACACCCGUUAAAAUGGGCUCGGGCAUGGCAAGGUCGCCGGCGUCCGCCCACUCGCCCUCUGGCCAUCCACGCUCCUCUAUGGGCACUCCCAUGAGCAACGAGCGGCGUUCAAGCAGCGGCGUUUGUAAGUGGUAG